AUGGUUCUGCUGGCUCUGGCCGUUGCUGUCCCGUUACUGCUGCUCCGCACCUCUGAGACCUCCGCUCAUUACUACGAGAUGAUGGGCACCUGCCGGAUGGUUUGCGACCCGUACAGCCCCAAACCGGGGAGCGCCACCGCCAUGGAAGUGAUCCAGAACGUGAACAGUGUCGCUCCACAGCCGCCGAUGGCGCAAGGGAGCCGCGGGGAACCGGGGCGACCGGGGAAACCGGGACCUAGGGGCCCGCCGGGGGAACCAGGACCCCCAGGUCCGAGGGGACCACCGGGGGAACGCAGCGACGGUAAAGUCGCCUUCCCUGCAGUAACCGGAGCUACGGGGUCUGAAAACAGCGAAACAGACGGUGGGAACUCCACAGGAAGCGGUUUCAGGAUCGCUUUUUACGUCGGUCUGAAGAAUCCACACGAGGGAUAUGAGGUGUUAAAGUUUGACGACGUGAUUACAAACUUGGGGAACCACUACGAUCAGAGCACCGGGAAGUUCACCUGCCAUGUGCCGGGGAUCUAUUUCUUCACUUACCAUGUGCUGAUGCGGGGAGGAGACGGGACCAGCAUGUGGGCCGACCUGUGCAAAAACGGACAGGUUCGGGCCAGUGCCAUAGCUCAGGAUGCAGACCAGAACUACGACUACGCCAGCAACAGCGCCGUGCUGCAUUUGGACUCUGGGGACGAGGUCUACGUCAAACUGGAUGGCGGCAAAGCUCACGGAGGCAAUAACAACAAGUACAGCACCUUCUCUGGCUUUAUCUUAUACCCCGAUUAAACCCACUGCAGCAGGUCCUUGGACAGUAAUCAUCUCUGAAAAAUGUCUCCAGUAAACUACAUGAUCAAAUAUGUUUCUCUUGUUUUGCAGAUAGGUGCCACAUUGACAGACUUAUCUGCAGUUCUGUUCAUUUACUCAAAUACCCUUUUGUACAUACAGGAUAUUUAUUUCAACUUGAGUUCAACUGGGGGUUGCUGUCAUCGGUGAGAUAUCUUGAGAAAACUGAUGUUCCAGGUAAUUUAGAGCUCCCCAUAACUGCCCUGGGGGGAAAAAAAUGUUACAUGGGUGCCCUUCUAAAAUGCUUUGGGGAG